AUGUCUGACCGGUCGCGCGCAACCUCUCGGGACUUUGUAUUUCAAACUUCUGACCAAGCAGGUGGAGCAUCGCAGCCGUAUCCACAACAGUCGUACAACAGCUACAACGCGAAUCAGGACACAAGCACAGCCGAGACUGUAAGCCAAGCCCCAGUCUAUGACGCCUCGACAGCCUAUCGCGACUAUGUUGCGCAACAACAGCAGGUAGCGCAGGGCCAGUUUGCGGGCUUCAACUUUGGUUCCCAGGCGCCUGCAGCAUGGGACUGGACAAACUCGCUCGACUUCACCGACUUUACCAACCAGUAUGAGCCCCAGGGCGAGUUGGUUCAGGAGUUCCAGGGUCAAGCAAACUCUACCAACGACUUCAGCAUCCCGCUCCCCGUCACCAAUGGUGACUCUGCAUAUCCGCCUUUCCAGCAACCCCCAAGCGCGUCAUCUCCACCACCACCAAAUGCUACGCAAACCCAGAUCCCAUUGUCUCCGCCGCCCCCGCCUCCUCGAUCGCAGCAGCAGCAACAACAACAACAGCAACAGCAACAGCAACAACAGAGACCAGUAGUGCAGACAGGCAUGAAGCGCAAGCUCGAUUCUGAGCCAUCUUCAGCUGUAUCGCAAACUGGCGGUACAGCUGCAGAGAACCCCUCGAAGCGCAUAAAUAAGUCGCGUCAGUCGUCAGAUGCGUCGGCUACGUCGCCCGUUAUACAGGUAUCAGUAGACACACAUGCGGCAGCGGCGACAACGACGACGCGUAGCACAGCCCCUUCCGUGCCCAACGAAACUGCAUCGCAACCGGCGCCGCGAGAAAACACACAAGUUGAGCGGCGCAAGGAGCAGAGCAAGGGCACAGGACCGCAAGGCAGAGUCAUUGACGUUUCAACGCCGAGAAAGAUACAAGAUGCGCCCGCCGGAAUAGACAUGUUGCCCGCAGGCAAGGUAUUUCCCAUACAGAUUGGCUCGGAGCUAUUCAGAUUGUCUGGAGCCUCGCUCUCGUCGGAUGCACCUUCAUACUUUUCCCAUUUUUUCGGCCAGCAACUACACGAUAACGGAGGUCGCGCUGGUGACGUGAGGACCUUGUAUAUCGACCGUGACCCAGAAACGUUCCGUGACAUUGCGCUGCAUUUACAGGGCUAUCACAUCACUCCGAAAGACGGCGAGCAUUUUGUCAAGUUGUAUGCUGAUGCUCAGUUUUACUCAUUACCUCGACUUACUAAACAGUUGUUCGGUACUGACAUAUUUGUCCGCAUAGGAGGGACUCCUUUUCAGAUACCGCGUGAUCUCUUCUCUGCUCCAGGCGACAGUCCCAACUUCUUCUCACUAGGAUUCGCACAUUUCUUCCUGACGCCCGCAGAAGCAUUUCCGGGGCUGGAUCGUGAUGCGCUGCUCCGCCCGCCAUCCAUCAAGCCACCCUCAGUGCCGAACAGGAACGGGGAGACUUUUAACGAGCUGAUACAGAUACUACAAGGAUACAAUGUCGAGAUUCGAAACAGUGAACACCGAUCCAAACUCCUCAGAGACGCACGUUAUUUCCAUCUCAAAGGGCUUGAGCAAAAGCUGAUACCCUGUGAAAUCUCGUUCAAUGUACGGCGCCAGCAGUCCGAAAUUCUGGUGCGGCUCGAAGACAUUCGUCCGUCGGGUGUUUCCUUCAUCCCUGAUAAAACAGCAUUGGGCGACUCAGAUUCUGGAUCGGUCCAUGGUGGUCAGUCAAUCAGUGCAUCCCCACAGCCUAUUGGCAAAGUCGACAGUCCAGCACCUUCAAACGCAAGCAGCAGUGCUGUCACGCGAGCAGGCUACGUGUCAUACGCGCGUCCAUAUACGGAUGACCAUGCAAAUAGUAAUAUCUUGGUUCUUGAGAUUUCCUCAACGGAAUCGACAUCGUUGUUUUUGCCAUGGUCCGCCCCCAAGGCUUCACGGACGGGUCCACUCGAAGUCGACUUUCGAGCCACGUUCCAUAACUCGACACUUGCACGUGUUACAUCCUUGUUCUCUGUUGUAGCUUCAAAAAUGGGCCUGCCAGCCACGCAACCUCUGGGGCUCAUGCAUCUGCAGUCUGGCGGGGGUGUUGCGGCGCAACCAGUUAGUCCGGCCAAUUCUGGUGUGAGCGAUCGCCGCGUUCGCGUUCGCCUCGAGACUGACUGUGCCCUGGAGAUCGACGGUGCUCCCGCAGAGCUUGGCGUGGAUGACAAUACUGGCCGUCUUGGUAUCCGGCGGGCAGACUCCCACGGUACAUGGCUGUGGGGCGGCGAUAGAUCAGACUCCGAAUCUUCAUAUCUCCGAGCUGACGAGCAGGAUUUAGAGGUGGAAUGGACACUCAAACGUGCACAUUGGCGGAUCCGCGUCGAGCCUCUUGCUCCCGAUGUAGACGGUGAUGUACGACGCAUGCAAGUCAUACUUUGUGGCGUGCGACUAGAGGUAUUUACGGCCGAGCGGGCACGUAAUGCUUCACGGGGGUUUUUAGGCUAA